UUAUGGCGCCAGCCGCUGAUUGGCUGCCGCGCCGGCCGCCUACGCUGGGCUCAGGUUUUCUCGGGCGUGUAAUAGGCUCGCGGACGCCAGGGCUGCACGGUUCCUAGUGGCGCCCUCUGCACCAUUUUCCACGCCUGUCCGGGAAGGCGCGAGCGCACAGAGCCAGCAAGCGGAACACACAUGAGGAGCGGCUCAGGAUCUGCUCUCAAGCCCAUUUGAUGUGGAAUCCUGAUUUUGACUAAAGAAUUCAUUUUGUCUUGGUGCAUCUACCAGAGGCAAACAUGGACUAUGUCCUCAAUAUCACAGAUUACUAUUUUUUUACGCCAUAUGUAUAUCCAUCCACGUGGCCAGAGGAUGACAUUUUCAGACAAACUAUUAGUCUCCUGAUUGUAUCAAACCUUGGUGCUUUUGUUCUUUAUUUCUUCUGUGCAACACUGAGCUAUUAUUUUAUCUUUGACCAUUCAUUAAUGAAACAUCCACAAUUUUUGAAGAAUCAAGUCUCUCGAGAGAUUAAGUUCACUGUCCAGUCAAUGCCGUACAUCAGCAUUCCCACAGUGGCACUGUUCCUGCUGGAGGUGAAAGGUUACAGCAAAUUAUAUGACGACAUUGAGUUCCCACACGGCUGGCUUCACCUCAUUGUUAGCGUAAUAUCCUUCAUCUUUUUCACCGACAUGCUGAUCUAUUGGAUUCACAGAGGCCUUCACCAUAAACUUGUGUACAAGCAUAUUCAUAAACCUCAUCAUAUGUGGAAGAUUCCUACUCCGUUUGCAAGUCAUGCUUUUCAUCCUUUGGACGGCUUUCUUCAGAGCUUGCCUUAUCACAUAUACCCUUUUCUUUUUCCAUUACACAAGUUGGUUUACUUAGGCUUGUACAUCUUCGUUAAUAUCUGGACAAUUUCCAUUCACGAUGGUGAUUUUCGUGUGCCCCGGAUCUUCAGGCCGUUUAUUAAUGGUUCAGCUCAUCACACAGACCACCACCUGUUCUUUGACUAUAACUAUGGGCAGUACUUCACAUUGUGGGAUAGAAUUGGAGGCUCAUUCAAAAAUCCAUCUUCCUUUGAGGGCAAGGGACCACUUAGUUAUGUGAAGAAUGUGUCAGAACAAAAGUGCAGUAACCCUUCAGAAAACGGUUAUAGAAAUGACAAAUUAAGCAAUGGAGAGCUCACAAAAAAAGAGUAGUUUGUUGCCCAAAUCUUAAAUAUUUGUAACAAGGAGAAAUAAGUGAUACCCAGGGAGGACACAUGGCAAGUAAAUGGCAUCAUUUGAAAAUCAGCCUUGUGCGUGCUGCUGUGGAAUGGUCUUUCUGGUAGUUCAAUGUUACAAACCUGCCUCCUAUGACAGGAAAUAAUUGCCAAAUAUUUAGGUCUUAGAAGAUUUGUGUACAAGAUUCUGAUACCACAUUUCAAAUACUGAGUGUUGGUUCAAGGACAGUUUGUAUCUUUCCAACCAGCAAAUCUAUAGUUUUUAUAGCCUCAGCAAUAGUUCUAAAUUAAAGAAAGAAUAAACUACUGAAGGGACCUGGCUAGAUAUCCUUUUGCCUUAAUCCACCCAUAUUCAGCAAGAAAGAUUUGUUGUGGUCCAUAAUAACAAGAAUAAAUACCAUGAUCAAGAAAUACUAAUGUGAUGAUGGUUUCUUGUUUGAGGAAUGGUUAAUUCUUCAGUAUUGGUAUGAUAAUGACUACUCAACUGGAUUUUGCUUAAGUAGAAAUAUUAGCUUGGAGAAAAAGUCUGAUAUAUUAGUGUCAGUGACAGUAGCAGGUAUAAGAUUAUCAUUUUCCUAUAAAAGCCUCAUUUUUCUGGGGAUAUCAUCAACUGGCCCAUUUUACUGAUGAAUAAAUAAAAUGAAUUUUUAAAAGUAACAGUUCUACCUUGAUGUAACUCAGAUAUGAGAUUAUUUAACUUGACUACUGAUGGUUACCAUUUAAAACCAUUAUUUAAUAAGUGUAAAAGUGGAGAUUCAGUAUGGGUAGGGAAAUUUGAUGCUCAGAUCAUAUAUUUGGCACUGAUGAAUUUUUAAUUAAAUCAAUGCACCGCACUUUUGAUAUUUUUCAAAGUUAAAAACCUGGCUCUUAUGACAGGAAAUAAUUGCCAAAUAUUUAGGUCUAGGAAGAUUUCUGUACAAAUCUCUUUUUCCUCUUUGUCUGUCUCUCAACUUUUUCAUAAAAAAGUUGUGUGUUUUAACAUAAAUGUAUUAGAAAAACAUAAUUUUAAAGGCACUCUAUUGCUAUUUAUAUAAAGUCAGUAACAGUUGGUCAUACUGUUACUCUACUGCAUCAGUUAAAUAAUGUUAUAGUACAAAAUGUUCUUUGCACAGAUGAUGUAAAUUUGAAACCAGAGACGAUAUGGAUUGUUAAAACUUUUAGAAUUUUCCUGGAUGUCUCGCUGAGAAGCGAGAAGGGGGGAAGGGUCUCACGUUGUUGUUCUGUCUCACGUCUUUGUUAGAUUUAGAUUCAGUGUUGACCUUAUGGGGAAAUUCGAUUCAUUUCUCAUUCAGAUCGAUUUGUGACCAGAAUUGUGGGGAGAAUUGAGUUUGUGAACCAGGAUACUGCUGUAUUUUAGCAGGAGACUGGUCACAAAAUUUAAUAACUGGAGUCCAGAAGGAAAUGUUUUCCAAUGUUAAAAUGUUGAAUUAGGUUUACCAGUUAGUUGUUUAAACAGGUAAGUUCAGUUGAGUACUUUUUGCUGUGCCACCCAGCCCAGUGCUCCACUUAGCCUAAGAAAAAGAAAGAAAUUAAAGAGAAGUAAAUGUUUUUAACAAUAGUGACAGCUAAUAUGUGCUGAGCUUUUCUUCUUCACAGCGCUGCUGUGAGUCUUUGACAUGAAGAAACCAGGACUCAGUUCAGUAGCUGCUGCAAGGUUAAUUUCGCACAGAAACUCUCAGGCUGAUGUUUCUGGUCUGCAGACGCGUUUCCACAUGGUCUACAGCCUGAUUUCCAUCCUUUAGUUAAGAAUCUACUUUGUCAGGGCCACACGAGGAAAGAAGGAAACAUCUAUGCAUGCACCAGAAGUGGUGCAUGUGUCUUUUUGCUCACAUUUCUUGAACAAAACUUAAUCAUGGCCCACUGGACUGGAACAGAGUCCAUCCCCAGCCACGUGCUGGGGUGAAGAAGAAGCCAGUUUCCUAAACAGAUAGCAAACUUAUCACAUUCAUGUGGUUUAUUACCCUCUUCAUGAGGUGCAGGAAGGAAAUGAUGAUGUCAGAAUGCUAAAUGAGCUCUAAAAUAUUUCAAGUUCUCUCUGCAUUCAUUGUCUUAGUGUGUCUGACUCUGUAACUCUGAUACAAUGUGCAAUUACAUCUGGAGGUUUUAUUCUUGUCUAGCUAAUAUAAAGGAAAGGAUAUAAUUUAUGAGGAGAAGGAACACUUUUAAAGUGUUAAGAAUAGUCAGAUAGUCUGCCUUCUCAUCCUUAAGAUCUGGUCUUUUUAAGUUGAGCUGUGCUGAGAAAUUCUAACUUUUUAAAAAAUACUUCAUCAUAUCCUCCUCCAUUAGAGAAAUUCAGAAUAUUCAGGGAAGACCUGAACUUCCUAUAGGAAUAGCAAUUGAAAAACUUUUCCCCUCGAAUGAAACCUUUAUAUAGUUACAGAACAGAAGGGGAAAAUGAAGGUUACAUUUGUUUCAUUUUGCUGGUAGAAACAGGGUAGAUGGAGGUGAUUGAGAGCACAUUUCAAAAACCCACAGAAAUUUACUGUGCCUUCAUCUUCCUCCCUGUCUCUCUUAAUACUGAAUGCUUAAUACUUAAUACUGAAUCUGGUGUUUCCUUUUUUUAAAUUUUAUUUUAUUUUUAUUUUGCCUCCUAUUUUCUAGAAGCCAGGGACAGGUUUAAGUGUGAAGUCACACAUUUGCCAUACAGAGCAGGAAUAAAGUUAUCCAGAGGGAUGCUGUGGUCUGAAUGUGUCCCUGAAAUCCGUACAUUAAAACCGAAUCAUCAGUUUGACAGUGGGAGAGGCAGGAUCAUUAGGAGUAAUGAAGUCACACCCUCGUCAUGGCAUAGGAUUAAAGGUGUAGAGGAGCGCUGUCCUUUCUGUGUUUUAAUUCCUUCCAUCAUGUGAGGACCCAGCAUUCCUUUUCCCCAGAGGCUGCAGCACCAAGGUGACAUCAUGGAAACAUGAAGUCUGCCAGACACCAAACCCUCUGGCACUUUGAUCUUGGACUGAAUCUCUAGAACUGUGUGAAGUAAAUUCCUAUUUGUAAGUGACCCAGUUGAAGAAACUACUAAGGGAAAAGAACUCUCUUUCCUUAUGUUUAUAGACUCGAAAAACUUAACUGACAGUAUUUCAGCAGUUCCUGCUUUUGGUCAUCUGUUAUGUGCACUGACUAUUUGUUCUAGACCUUGAAAGUAGAAAUCAUCAUUGCAUUUAUCAUGUGUUCUUAUAGAUGUCUGAGACAUAACUGAGCUUCAAUAAAUACUUUGCUGAAUGUAUUAAAUGAAA